AUGGCUCGCGACGAUCUCUACUCUCCUUUUCCAUUUCGAGUUUUAGCUCCGCGGCUUCCACCGGGCACGAAGCUGGUGGCCUGCGACAUCAGCACAAAGAUGCUGGAGUUCUGCAGGCAGCACAACGCGCUACCGGGCACCAUCACGUACGAGCAGCUAGACGUGGUUCAGCCCGACCUGGAGAACUCCGCCGUGUGGCAGUACGCGCCCUUCGGCAAGGUGUUCUGUUUGCUGCUGCUGCAUUGGGUGCCCGACAACAGGCGCGCUGUCCAGAACAUUCACAAGCUGUUGGUGCCUGGAGGAGAGACUGUCUUCAGCAUAAUAGCUAACAUGGUGUUUUACACAGCGUUUGAAGAAAUGGCGAAAGACUCGCGUUGGGCGCGGUACAUGCAGGACGUGGAGGAGUUCGUAUCUCCGUACCAGCACAGUGAGGACCCAGUGAGCGACUUCCGCCAGCUGCUGCAGAGCGAGAUGCAGCGCAGAGGUGAGCAGCUCCUUUACCUCUAG